AUGUCUGUCUGGCAGAGAAGCAAAGCCCGUGAAAGAUUUGGUGUAUCCCGUGACCCAAUCGCCCCCAGAUGGGCUUUGGCUUAUGUUAACAUGAACCUAACUUGUUCUGGGUGGAUUCUUGAGCAAGAUAUCGGCCCACACAAGCUUAUACAAUCAAGCCCGGCUCAUGGGAAAUUUUCCUUUUUCUGGUUCUUACCUAGGCGACUUCUACCUAUGAAUACUUGCUUUUACCCUCUGCAAAAGGGAGUCCACGACUUGUGUCUAGGGCUUUCGAUCAGAGAGAGAAGAAGGAGAGCUGCGCCGCCCUGGAGGAAGAAAGAAUAG